AUGACGACUGCGACCCAGUUUCAACCGAAAACAACAAUCCCAGUUGUGGGACAUUUAAUAACUGAUGAAGACAUGGGUAUUCAACAGGGUAUCAAGUUAUAUCCAGUGAACCUUGGAAGAACAGUUAAACUCUUAACAGAUCCCCAUUCACUUAUGAAAGAUCUUGUCCAGGUAUUUAAAAUUUUGAACGUAUGUGCAGAUAGAGUUGGUGAACAUGAAGAAUACAUUGAACCAAUGUGUGAAGUGUUGAAAAUAUGCAGUUUGCCGUUUUUGAAAGAAAAGUCAUCCGAUGAGACAGCUUACUCUCAGAUAGCAGUUGAAUCUAUUUCACAGCUUGGAUACCUGAUGAGAGUACCAAGCAAUGCUGUCCGCUACCAGAUCUGUAAAUCUCUUCUCAGUUUUUACAGUGAAAAAGCAGUUGAUGAACAAAUUGUUGGAUUCAAACAGGCUUCUGAGUCAUAUAACAGAGCUGUUAUUGAAAGAAGUGAUGUGGCAGAGACUUUAGUCAAGGCAUUAGCUCUCUUAGAAGAUGAAAUUGACAUUAAAUUAGAAGUCCUUGAUGCAUUACAACAUCUGUCAGCUUUCUCUUCUAUCAACUGUGAUAAGAUGCUACAAGCCAAUGCAGCAAGUCGAAUCUGUAGUCGUAUGUUAGACCCUGAAACAACAGGAAGGUUACUAUUCAGAUCUGUGGAAAUACUAUGGAAUUUAUUGGAGAAUGGUAAUAAAUCAGAAGUGGCAAAACAGUUGAACAAUAUAGACUGUAUAAGUGUUCUGAGAGAUGCCUUUGGUCAUCAGAUUACUCAGGGAUACAGUCAUUAUGACAGACAGCUAAGGAAUGAUCUGUUGGUGAUUGCAACUAUGGUGGCUGUGGAAUGUCCCGAUGCACCCUUCAUUGAGACUGGUUUUGCUAAAAACCUUAUUUUGUUCUCAACAUUUCAAGAAAUAAAGAGUCAUAAUGCCCUUGUCAAACAUCUCAAAUUAGGAACAAAUCAUGAAGACUUUGAGCUGAAAAAGUUACUAAUGAAUACAAUUGUUAUGAUGAGUAAAGACUCCAAUACAAUUCCUUUAAUAUCUGAUGGCAGAGUAUUGCUGGCACUCUUCUCAUUUGUACGCAAUAAUGAAAACAUAUCAGGUCCCCAAGACUGGUCACCGGCUCAGUUUGAAGAACUUCAGUUACAUGCGAUGGCGUCAUUAGCGUCACUCUCACCACUAUGUGUGGAUGAUUAUAUGACUUGUCAAGGUAGUACUAGAUUAUUGUUGUUACUGGAAUGGUGUGUCAGCCAAGAUGACUUUGGUGGUCAUGGCAAUGCUUUUCAUGGUAGUGGAGGAAGAGGAAACAAAAGAGCUCAGAUGAGAUACUGUCUUCAUAUUAUCCGCAGUAUGGUAUCACUCGGUGAUGAUGGCAUUAAUCAGGAUAUGGUGGACCAGGGAGCUAUCAGUCAAACUAUUAACAUACUGAACAAUGCUUGCCAUUCUCAAGAUGAAGAUGACUCUAUAGAUCUAGAAAUUCAGUGUGACAUGCUGUUCAUUGUAUCAGCUCUGUGUGAGGGCGACCUGCACAGGAAAGAACUGUUUGGAAAUCAAGGAGUAGAUGUAGUGUUGCAGUAUUUGAAGACCAAUCCAAAGAAAAUUACCAGUGGUUUGGGUCAUCAUAAACUAAUGUUAGCAACUGUGGACUGCAUCUGGUGCUCUGUAGUGGGAUGUUACAUGAAUGAAGAUCUCUUCUUGGAAGGAGAAGGGCUGUUUCUCAUGUUAGACCUCCUAGAGGCUUGUCCCAAGAACAUGCACAACUUGAUACUGGGGUGUAUCCUGGAUCUCUGUGAGAAUCCUAAAUCAAUUCACCAUGUAAUGACAUGGCGGGGUGUUGAUGACAGGACAGCACCUAGUCUUUUUGUUGAAAUAUGGAGAAAGGAAGAGGCAGAGAUGGGAGUGAGGAGAGGCCCCCUUGGUACCAUUGUUGAUACCAGUCAACCACUGAUGGGCUUGUUACAAGAGAAACAAGGAGUCAUUUCUUUGCCUGCCCAUUGUCCAAGUCAAGCUAUUGUUGAUGUUUCUGAAAACAUGCGUGCUAAGAUUUAUGCUUUGUUUUGUAAGAUAGGAUUUGGUGACCUUCCUGGUUUGACGACAGAGGAUCAAGUCACAGUCACUAUCAUUGAGAGAAUGCGUGAAAACCACAGACAGAAGGAAAAGUCCAUCAGAGAUUGGCAUGACUAUGUUGCUAGAGUGUCUAACUAUGAAGUUUUAAAGGAUUCAAAGCGAAGAAUGGACAGUUCCAUUGAAGCUUCUAGAAAUCAGACCAGAUACAGAGAAUUAGAGCUUUUUCAUAGCACAGAUCAACCAAAUCUUCAAACAACAACAUUCCAAGGUCGCCAUGUCACUGUUAAUAGCACCCCUCUAGAACUUACCGGGGCUCCAGUUGUAAUGCCAGUUGUGGAAAAGGAUAAAGGGGUUACAAUGAAGGAAAAAACCACCAUUAUAGUUUGAAACCUUUAUUGAAACCAACAGAAUUACUUGAAUUGUGUAGUUAGAAUUACACAAUGUGUAUAUAUAGUACUCUAGAUAAACCGUCCAAAUAAUUUUUGUACAAACCUUUCUACUUUUGAAUCUUCGUAAUUUUGAUCAUAUUACAUAUUGACACAUUAUGCAUGUCUGCAGAUUGUAUUAUACAGUUAUAUCGAUGACAAAAUGUGAAGUCAUCUGAAUUAUAUAUGUGAGAGAUUUCAGUUAUCUAAGUUCAUAAAAUGCUAAACAAAAACUUGAAUAGAACAUCAAAUAUUGGUUUUCUUUUUCUUAGUUUGGAUCAACAGAAGUGUUGAUCAUAAAAUUACAAAACUUUCUCAGAUUACCAUAUUUACAACUCUGCAUCUUAUUAUAUACAUGUACAUGAAUCAUCUGUAGAAAUGUUGACUGCUUGCCAUGAGAUAAACUAAUCAUUCCACUACCACCUAGCAUUGUGCUGUGAGUCAUAGACUGUCUCUCAACAUGUGUACUUAAUAUAAUCCCACCAUAUUUACUUUUAGGUUAGCAUGAGCAAUCACUAAGUGUUCAUUGCCAGUUUUGUAUCAAUCAGAGCUUGCACAUAAAACCAAAUUGGAAGGAUUUGCUCAAACCUGUAUGCUAUUUUAAAAUACCGAAUAUUACAAAGGGUGUGACAACAUUCCUAUUGUGAUCAACCCAAAUAUUGUGUGGCAUCAUGAUAUACUAGCAAACCAUGGUUGAUUAAACAUAAAAAAUAAUGGAGUGCACUAAAACCAUCAAGUACCUUUAAUACUGUAUGAAUAUAUAUUCCGCCCUGUUGUCGUACAUAUUAUUCCAUGAUUGACAUCCAGAUAUUCCUCCCAGAAUGGAUGAGAGUUUUUUAAGGAAAAUGAUAUGCCAACUUAAAGGGUAUGCUGGUCCCUGUGCAACUCUUGCUACUUCCCCCAAGGGUACAUUGGAGGAUCCAGGGGGGCAUGCCCCCCCCAAACGCAUGAUGAUUCAUAUCAUCUGGAUUACGCAUAGCUUCUCUGCAAUUUUCGCUCCGUAAUAUUAAGCAAAGCUUGCCCCCCAAUACAUUUUGCUGGAUCCGCCACUGCAAGGGUAUUAGCAAUUAUAAAGUAUGUAGUUAAUAAGACAUGUUUUACAUGCACAAGCCAGCUAUUAUUUAAUGACAUACAACUUAAUCUUAAUCAGCUUAAUCUAUUGAUGUAUUCGACACACAGACAAAACAAUCUUUAUGCAUAUUCAAUGAUUUAUUGUAUUCAAAUCUGUUUGUUUUUUUCCAUACAAAUAAAAAUUUUUAUAAUAUUUACAA